GUUGUGACUGUUAGUAAAAAGUCGUGUUGGUUUGUAGCGUACCUGUGAAUUACCUGCGUACAGGUAACUUGUUACAACCUUCCUGGCCAACCUGUUGACAUUAUAUUUGGUGAACAAGUUUUUAGUGAUUUAGUUUUGAGAUUAGCGAAGACGACCUGGGGUUAAUCUUGAUAGUUAUUGUGUGCAGUGUUAGAUAAACAUUUCUUGAAGGAUAUGUCGUUCAAUUGAGGAUAUAAACAAACGAUAUAGGUGAUAAUAAGGAUGUAAUUCAGACUGAUGAUAAAAUAGAAUGGGACACAAUAAAUUAAAGGAAAUGUUCAGUUUACAUCACAUUUGAGAAAUGUUGAAGAAGAAACUUCAAUUAUGUACCAUAAUAUGAAACAAGUGAAGAACAAUAAUUUGUGAUGAUAAAAUUAUUUCAAUUGUAAACUGGGAUGUGAUUCAGACGGAUGAAAAUAAAUCAAAAUAAAGAAAAUGUAACCUUAUAACUUGUGAAUUCAGGAAACUUAGAUAUUGAUUUGAUCAAUUUUUUUUAAAGAGGCAUUAGUUAUAAUAUUUGUGAAGUCUGAUGUUGGAGUUAUCCAGUGUGCCGACUACGGGUGUUUUAAACUUGUGUUCAAUAUUGUGAUAUUCGUAGACCUAUAAUAGUAUAAACAUGGGGUGUAUUAACACGAAAGCAACUGGGGGAUUCGAUGACCCGAUGAAAGGACCUAAAAAUGGAAGUAUUAGAAGCAGUGGUUCUAGAAGGAAGAAUAGUUAUACCCAGAAUCCAGUUGGAUUAACGCAAACUGGUCCUAGUGGUAAAAUAUUAACAGCUUUAUAUGAUUAUUCUGCCAGAACACAAGAUGACCUGACCUUUCAAAAAGGUGACAAAAUGAAACUCAAAGACGAUAGUGAUGGUGAUUGGUGGUUAGCAAUACAUGAUAAUGGAUCAGAAGGAUAUGUACCAAGGAAUUACGUCGCUCUGGAAAACACCCUCGAAUCACAAGAAUGGUUUAUGGGGCAGAUUACGAGAAAAGAAGCUGAACGUCAAAUAUUAACGCCAGGAUUAAGUUGCGGAACAUAUCUAGUUAGAGAAAGUGAAACAUGUCCAGGGGCGUAUGUAUUAACAAUGAGAGAUUAUGUUGAAUCGCGAGGGGAUUGUGUUAAACAUUAUAAAGUACGCAGUCUGGAUAACGGUGGAUGUUACAUUACAGCACGAAGAACAUUUAAUAAUGUUAUUGAACUUGUUCACUUCUAUAAAGAUUCAGCAGACGGUUUGUGUCGUCAGUUAACAGAUCCAUGUCCGAAACCAAAGCCAGUUAUGGAUGAUUUAUCCAAGGAAACCAGAGACGAUUGGGAAAUUCCACGAGAAACUUUAACGUUCGGUAAACGACUGGGUGCUGGUCAAUUUGGUGAAGUAUGGAAAGGACAAUAUAUGGAGUCGACAGACGUAGCCAUUAAAACACUGAAAGUAGGAACCAUGUCGCCCGAAGCAUUUUUAGCGGAAGCUCAAAUCAUGAAGGAAUGUAGACAUGAUAAGCUAGUCCGACUUUACGCCGUCUGCACCAAGGAGGAGCCUAUUUAUAUUAUAACUGAACUGAUGACAAACGGUGCCUUGUUAGAAUAUCUACGAGAAACUGAUGUGAUAGAACUCCCAGUUCUUAUUGACAUGGCUGCUCAGAUUGCAAGUGGUAUGAGUUAUCUAGAAGGAAGGAAAUUCAUUCAUCGUGAUUUAGCUGCUAGAAAUAUUCUCGUUGGUCAAAAUAACGAAGUGAAAGUAGCAGAUUUUGGUUUAGCUAAAGUUAUAGAAGAUGAUGAAUAUAACCCGAAACAAGGUGCUAAAUUCCCUAUUAAAUGGACAGCGCCAGAAGCAGCUCUAUAUGGUAAAUUCACCAUCAAAUCUGAUAUAUGGUCAUAUGGUAUUCUUGUUAUGGAACUAAUGACAAAAGGACAGGUACCAUAUCCAGGUAUGGGUAAUCGUGAAGUUUUGGAUCAAGUCGAACGAGGAUACAGAAUGCCACGCCCUAAAAAUUGCCCACAGCCAGCUUACGAUAUGGUUUUGAAAUGUUGGGAUAAACGCUCAGAAAAUCGACCAACUUUUGAAUAUUUGUUUAAUUUUUUCGAUGAUUAUUUUAUUUCUACGGAACCAAGUUAUAAAGACGCGGAAUAAAUAGUAUUUAUUAUUCAUACAUUCUAAUUGUUAUUAUCAUCUGGGGGGAUUUGUUUAUUUAAACCGGGAAGCUAUGCAACCCCCUUUUUUUACGAUCUGAAGCAGGGUUUUUGUUUCAGUGAAAUUGACUUGCAACUGUCACUUAGUUUACAUGACAUGGAAUUAAAAUUUCAAAGCAUUUAAAAACCUUAAAAUACAAUAUAAGGAAUUAAAUUUAUAGUUUUUAUGUUUCUAAACACUUAAAGAAAUAGGAUAAUGAUUGUCAUAUUCCUUUAAAUAAAAAAAUCUUGUUAAUCGGAGGUAAUUAAGAUACGUGAAAACUUGACAAACAUCUAAAACUUGGAAUUGACAGCCCUUAUCUAAAUGUAUAUUGAAAUUAAAUUCGACCUGCUGUAUUUUCUAAAUUGACAUCUGAUUGGCUUCUUGUAAUAAUCAGAUAAUUUCAUUGGAUUACAUAGUUUAGAAAAUGUUCUUAUAAGGAUGGCUAGCUAAUUUAUUUUCACAUAUUUGAACCAGGAACUAUUUGUUUUAAGGCCAACGCUCUUCAAAAACAAAGUCUAAGGCUCCGAGUACAAUCGGUCAGAAGCAUGGCGUGCAUGUUUAGACAUUUAUACAUGGACUAUUGAUCGAUAUAACUUCGUAAUUCCAAGAUGGCUGUUUCCUAGUUGAUAGUAGAGUCGUACUUGUUAAUUCCGAGAUGGCGCUGUUUCCAGAUGUUUAAUAGUGUCGUAUUAACUGUUUAAUUCCUGAGUAUUUUAUUUGUUAAUGAUUUUCUUGUUUUAAAGAGACCAUGUUAUUGAGGACAACUGUCAAUGAUUUUAAUUUGUUUGUUAUUGAGAUCAAUGUGAAUUCAAUGAUAAUUUAGUUAAUUUUUUUUAUAUAUUCUAAAUAGUUGCUUGUCUUAUACCAUGUAGCAUGUUGCUCAACAUGUCCUCCAUCUUGACAUAUGAAUAUUAUUAUAACAACCAGGCAAUCACCUUUCUGUAAGUUAUGCAAUGUCACAUGCGGUUAGCUAACGGUCAUUUUGCUCAACCAAUUAAUGGAAGACGCAGGAAUACAACAUUGUUAAAGCCCUAUUUAAACUCCUCAACCAUAUUUACAUAAAUUUACAAGGGAAUGGAAGAACGAGGCUAGACAUAUUCCACAAGAUAUGUCAAACGGUGACACCAUAUUCAUAUCUGGAGAGCAUGUGCAUUAAGUACUAUCGGUGUAGACUGGAAUAACCAGACGCUAGAGAUUGCCAUUCGAUUGAGACUUCUGGCGUACUUCGCCGAACAUAACUGAUUUGAAAUUAGAAUAUAAAAAUGUAAAUCAGUUUAUAUACAUUCAUUUUAAAUUAUUUAUAUGUGUUGCGAGUCGCGACCCAUUUGUUUCAAUUUCUAGGUCCCAAAUAUUAGCUAUUUAGCUCCUUUAAAAUUAGAUAACAUCUGGGUCCUUAUUCCUGAAAACUUAAACUAGAAAUUUUAAGAAUCCUGGUUUUUCAUUGGCUAAAAGCUAAAAUUUGUACUAAUAUUUUAAUCCCCAACCAAUCAAAAAGCAGGAUCCUUAAAAUAUUUUAGUUUAAGUUUUUGUGAAUUAGGCCCCUUUCCUUUGUUUACCUUUAAUAGGCAUUUAGUAAUUGGAUAUAUUAAAACAAAGUACAAUUUGAUGGAAACAUAAUUACUGAGUUUAAUACUAAGCGACGUUUCGACGCGUAUACUCUCGUCUUUAUCAACUAUGUGUGUUGACGGUAGACAUAUAUAUAUAUAUAAUAUGCAACAACAGUAACCAUGAAAUACAAUUUAAACUUAUGCUAGGUUCAAACUGCCGUGUGGUGCUUUACGACAGGGCUGUCCCUAUUGAGUCCACGAUCUGGUACGCUUCGAUACGAUCAACACGAUUGCUACAACUGAUCUCAAUAUAUGAGAAGACCUGAUAGGAUCACCACGAUUACUCCACGAUUAAAACCACCAUUUCAAUCAUAGCGUGAAUCGUGAUAGUGGGAAUCUAGCAUUAUGGGUAACGUUGUAUUGUAAUAAACUCAGUAAUUGUUUAUCGUUAUUUGUAAAUAUGAUUAUAGAUACCUCGAGGGCCUUACACAAAACUAUUAUAUAUUUAUAUAAAACUAAAAUCUUGAAUAUUUUUUAUACGUUCAUAUAUUUUAUAUCAAUUUAAUCAUAUUAUAUAGAUAUUUAUUAUUAUCAUGUUAUCAAUUUCUGUAUACGGAUCUAGAUUGACAAUUUGAUAUACAUCUAUAAGGCAAACAGGGUUGGAUUCACAUACUUGUAUACCCCAGGACAAAGUCUUCAGUGGGCCCUGAAAUUUAAAUUACAGGGGGUCCCCAGAUACAUGUGGGUCCUAGACCAAUGCCCUUCUAUGCAUAUUGAUAACUAGGUUAGAAUCAGGUUCAGUAAAUCCCUGAAAAACAUUUUCAUGAUGUUGUCGCGCUACAAAGCACGAGCCGGAUAGAAAAAUUACGUGAAGAUUCAACUUCAUGAAACUAAAUUCCAAUCACUUACCCUGGAUUGCCGGUUACUUGAGUUUUUUUUAUUUGUUUAUUUGUAAAUUGAUUAACUGUAAAAAAACCUUUUAUUAUUAAUACUUAUAUUGCUUUAUCAAAAAAAAAGAAUUAAAUUAAAAUUUAAAAACAAAACAUUGUCAACAAACCAUCAAGACAUCAAGCCUGUUUCCCUGGAAACGGUCCCGUUACAUUUGUAUUACUUUAUUAGACAGACAUUUUUUGCUGGUGUAAAAACAUGCGAAAACACAACGAAAAAGCAUACAUGAAAAACAGGCCCUAGACAGGGAGUGAAAGUUAAGAAUUAUAUUUUUUCAUUAAAAUAUUUAACUAGUAUUAUUUGUAUCAGGAUGUUUAAUAUGUUUUAUUAGCUGGCCUGGUAAUCGGGGCCCAAUUUAACAACUACUGGUGGGGUUGUGCCUUUAACUCCGCAAGCCUAUGUUGCUCCCUGGUCCGGACUACUUCUAUACACCAAUAUCAGCUUCGGGACAGCCCUUAACAAACGACAGUCACAAAUAUUAAUAUAGCUAUUAAAAACACAGAAAAAGAGAAAUAUUUGUUAGAUACAAUGGCUGACAAUGUCCGUAAGUAACAGGUGCCUUGUUAAUUUAUAUGGCUGUUUCUUAGAAACUUUUUAUAUUAGAUUUUAAGGAGAAAUGAACAAAUGACAACAGAGUGAGGUCUUGUUUACACUGUAACGCCUGUUUUACAUGUGCAUGCUUUUUGUGGCAUCACUGGCGAACAGGGCUGCCUGAUGCAUGCACAAAUAUAAUGGGACCGAACGAAUGCCACAAAUCACAUAUAUGGAAAACAAGCUUUACGCUUUAUUUCAUCAUGGAGAUAUUCUAAGUUAUUUGUUUUCUACAAAAAAUAUAUACCGGUAGAUUGUGGUUAGAAUAUUGCCAAAAUCUCUUGAGUGCCUUGUACGUCGUCGUUGUUUUCAAUUUUAUAAAAUAUAUUUGUAUCACAGUUUCAUGUACAUAUUUUAACAGAUACUGAAAUCAUUUUCCUUGAAAUAAUCAGUCGUAGAUUUAACUGGUUUUUAUGUCAUCUGAAAAGUGAUUCCUUUGUUAAUCUCAAAUUAAUCUCAUUGUAGAUUUAAAUGUUUAUAUGUCAACUGAAAGUUGAUUCCUUCCUUAUUCUAAAAUAAUUGAUUAAUAUUGAUCUCUAUAAAUGUUCUAUUUCUACCAGUCAUAAUAAAGUAUCAAAUGUUAAGGUCAGCUCAAUUUGUGUCAAGGUCACUGAUAUGUAAAUAAGGUUAGGGCACGUGAUUGUUGGCGAGAUUGUAGGUUAGGGUUAGGGUCAGCAUUGGGACUAAGGCUAAGUCCAGGGUUAAGGUUGGGAUUAGCACUAGCCCUGUUGACAUCUCGUGAGCUGGCCUUAUCAUUUAGCACUAACCAGUGUAGGGAUUUCACCGUUAUCAUUGGAAAUAUUUUUAGUGAUUAACACCCAGUGGAUUUAAUGCCUUAUGCCCAGGACGUCGACAUUGUUUUUGUAUAAAUCAUAAAAGAUUAAUUUGUUAUUGCCUAUAAAAACAAUGGCCACAUCCUGAGAAGACACCGAUUUAUUAAAACCAAAGUCUAUGUUGUCUUUAUGAAGCCAGUAUAUUAUUUUUAAUUCAUGGACCACUAUCAUUGUUUUUACUUCAUCAAGCUUGUUGUGUUAUAACUUUAUUUUAAAUUUCAAGAAGAUAUAAUUUAGUCAUUGUAAAUGUAUAGUCACGCUUUAAUCUUGCUUCGUUCAUCACGUAUUUCAUACCUUGAUUAAAUACAUGAUCUAAACAUUCACCAUAUAAGACUAUAAUAGUGAUAGGUGUAGUAUAUUAGGUAGGAUAUGCUGACAAUUUCUAGAAUAUCUGAUGUUAUUUUUUUGUGCUUUUGUAUUAUUGCCCGUGUAGGACAUGACAAGGUCGGCCAAUGAAGUCAAGGUAUCUGAUACAUGUUGUUACAGUACCUUAACACAUUCUGGUAUUUUAUUCGCAAAAAUUUAAACUAAAAAUUUUUUAAGAAUGCACACCACACUGCCGAGACAGUUCAUCGGGAUUUUCCGGAGUGGUUUCCCCUUGUCAGUGGUGCAUGACGAGGGGCCUGACCAGGGUAGCUGUCUAGUUAUUUGGAUUGAAUGAAAAACCGAGGUACCGUGUACACAUUGGCAUACACGUAAAAGAUCCCUUGGCUGUUGGAAUUCGAUAUAAGACAGUAAGACGUUAAACCCCAUUUCAUCUCAAGAUUAUACUAAGAUUUUAACGCCAAACGGCUGCAUCUUCAGAAUAUUUUAACUUAAGAUUUUGUGAAUAAAUCCUCCUUGUUUUUUUAACUUUAAUAUAUUUUUAAACCACUUAAAUAUUAGAUAAACUAUUUUAUUUAUAUAAAGGAUUUAUUUGUAUAUUUCUCAUUUAGUGCAAUCAUCGAUUUACAUUUUUUUGCGACGACAUUCUAUUCGAUGAAGAAUGACUUUUUGUUUUGUUAAGAUUAGUUUAAAGUUGGAUUACUUAGAUGAUUGGGGCCAUGGGGCCAUAUUUGGGCCAUGAUGAUUGGGGCCUUGGGGCCAUGAUGAUUGGGACCAUGAUGAUUGUUUUGUUAAUGAAAUGGAGGUUAUUUUUCUUCUUCUAUUAGUGAUAUUGGGGACAAGUUGUCUUAUUUUGUUAUUUUAGCGCAUGUGCAGGGGUCUGUCCUGUUGGAGAAGGUGGCAGACGCCCCUAUCUCCAAGCCACAUACGCUCACACCAGGGAUCGAAACCACAACCGGCCAGCUAGAGGUCGAAGGGUGACACUCUAGACCACUCUAGGCCUCCCAACCCCUUCGUUCGUUCGUUUCUAGACUUUUACGUCCACUUUCACCUAAGGUGAUAUCGUAGACCAGUCAUCCCAACCCCCUAAGAAAUCCAGCUUUAUAGUAUGUUUUGUUAAUUAGGCCAAACUCGAGAAUACCUGUGUUUACGGUUUUUCAAUCGGGACCCAAUUUAACCAUAAACACAGGUAGUUUUAUGUUUGGCCUUAAAAGUGUGGAAUAUUUUUUUAUGUUUGAUGUUUUGUGCUUCUAUUUGUUUUUUUUCUUUUUGUGUGAAAAUAAUGUAAAUAUUUAUAAAAUAAAUAUAUAAUAUAUUACUGUC